AUACAGGCAGUGAUAGUGUUCCAGCCCCCCGGACAAAUCCUCCAGGAUGAAGACUUUGGUGGUUUUGAGUGUUCUUCUGCUGUUCUUCUUCAGAGCAUUUGGAGAUGUUGUGGAGCGUUUUGAGGAUGUUCCAGAUUGCAGAGUGUACUUCUAUAAAGAGAAUGUUCCAGAUUUGGGGGCUUCCUCCCCUGAUGUCGUUCGUCUUUGUCAGCGGUUUGUCAACAGGUACCACUUUGCCACUCUGUACGACACCAGCGUUAGAAUCGCCGUCUAUUCUGCUUAUCAGUUUGAGCCCAGCAAUGGAGGGGGGAGGGAGAACAGGUGGUUUGUUGAGCCCCAGCUGGUGGACGAAUCCUGGCCAGGUGAGAUGAGGGAUGGCUAUUGGCUGGGACAAGACAACCCUGGGAUUUUUCUGGGGGAGAAACAAGCUUUGAAUGAAGAUUUCACUCAUUCUGGUUUUGAUCGUGGUCACCUGAACCCCAACGGACACCAUCCAGUCCCCAGCCGCAACGCAACGUUCACCCUGACCAACGUGGUUCCUCAGAACCCCACCAUGAACCAAAACGCCUGGCGGAUCCACGAGUCAGAGCUCACAGAUCUCUUCUUGGCCAAGUGCUCCAAGGCCUUCGUGUUGGUUGGAGCCGUUCCCUCUGCAGACAACUGGAUCAUCAAAAACAACGUGAAGCGGGUCAACAUCCCAGACUUUGUGUGGAACGCCUACUGCUGCGUGGACAACAAUGACACGCCCAUAGAGAGCGGAGCUGCCAGAGCCAGGAACACAGAGGAGAACUGGGUGGAGAAACUCACUCUGGAAGAACUGAGAGAGUUCCUGCAGCAGUACUCCAAUGAUCCAGUGGGGGAGCUGUUUUACAACAACUGCAAAAUGUGAAGGAGGACCAAAAGAAAACACUUGACUUGAUCGGUUCCUGCUCUAGUGUUUGUGCUUUAGGUUGAAACAGGAGGAGAAAUAAAAUCAAGUGACUUUGCUGAGUCA